AUGGGAAGGCCAGAUUUUCGCGGUAGCAAUCGUGGCGGUGGCCGUUUUAGUGAACGUGGAGCAAGUCGUGGUGGUUUCGGUGGAAAUCGUGGCGGUCGUGCAAGUUACGGUGGUGAGCGUGACCGAGGUGGGUUUCGUGGUGGCGGCAGGGGAUUUAGAGGUGGAGGUCGCGGGGGUGACCGAGGUGGCGGACGAGGUAUGUCUCGUGGCCGCGGAGGUAUGCGUGGUGGAAAAAAGGUUUUUAUUGAACCUCAUCGACAUGAAGGCAUAUUUGUCGCCAAGGGAAAAGAAGAUGCCCUUGUCACCCGCAAUUUAGUAUUGGGCGAAUCUGUUUACGGUGAAAAACGCAUAAGUGUCGAUGAUGAUGAUGGAACAAAAAUUGAAUAUCGUGUUUGGAAUCCCUUCCGCUCGAAGCUAGCAGCCGGCAUCAUCAACGGCUUGGAACAUAUCCAUAUGCGCCCAGAAAGUCGUGUACUCUAUCUCGGCGCUGCAAGUGGGACCACGGUUUCCCAUGUUUCAGAUUUGGUUGGACCAAAAGGGGUUGUAUAUGCUGUUGAAUUUUCGCACCGUUCCGGCCGCGAUCUUCUAAACGUUGCCAAGCAUCGCACAAACAUUGUGCCCAUCAUAGAAGAUGCGCGUCACCCGCACAAAUAUAGGAUGCUCGUUGGUAUGGUUGAUUGCAUUUUUGCCGAUGUUGCUCAACCCGAUCAAUCUCGCAUUGUUGCUGUCAACGCAGAGCACUAUUUAAAAAACGGUGGAUACGCGGUUAUAUCCAUUAAGGCGUCUUGCAUUGAUUCGGUAGCAGCGCCAGAAGUAGUAUUUGCCAAAGAAGUCGAUACCUUACGAAAACAGCAGUUUACUCCUCGUGAACAAGUCACCCUCGAACCGUACGAGAGAGGCCAUGCGAUGGUAACGGCUCAAUACAGGUUAGUUAUAUGCCCCAAGCAGGCUUUAUAA